AUGUCCGUCGUCUCGCUUCUCGGGGUCAAGAUUGUUAACAAUCCCGCCCCUUUUCUUGCUCCUUAUCAAUUCGAGAUCACCUUCGAGUGCCUCGAACAGCUCCAGAAAGACUUGGAAUGGAAGCUCACUUACGUCGGCUCUGCUACAUCUUCCGAAUAUGACCAGGAACUCGACUCUCUUCUCGUCGGACCCAUCCCCGUUGGUGUCAACAAGUUCCUUUUCGAGGCCGACGCUCCUGACCUGAAGCGAAUCCCUACUUCAGAAAUUCUCGGUGUCACUGUGAUUCUGCUCACUUGCAGCUAUGACGGCAGAGAAUUCGUUCGUGUUGGAUACUAUGUGAACAACGAGUACGACUCAGAAGAGCUCACCCAGGACCCUCCCGCCAAGCCCAUUAUUGAAAGGAUCCGCCGAAAUAUCCUUGCUGAGAAGCCAAGAGUGACCAGAUUCGCUAUCAAGUGGGAUUCUGAGGAGGAUGCUCCAGCCGAAUACCCACCUGACCAACCCGAAGCUGAUCUGGAGGACGACGGCGCUGCUUACGGCGCUGAAGAAGCCGAACUCGAGGCUGCACUUGUCAGAGAACUCGAAGAGGCUGAAAGAGAUGUUACCAAGGGCGGUGAUCACGAGAUGGAAGGGGCGGAAGAAACAGUAGGCAAGGAUGACGAGGAAGAAGACAUCUCUGACGCAGAGAGUGAGGAUAUCGAGGAUGAAAGCGACGAUGAAGAGGACGACCUUGACGACGAAGAGGGUGGAGAUCGCGAUGAAGAUGUAGACAUGGGUGACGACACCGAAUCGAAAGAUACCAAUACCGCCAGUGGGCAUCAUCAACAUCAGGACAUCAUGGUGCACUAA